UAAUAUUACUGAGUCAUUUGCAUGUCUCUCACUGCAGAGUCAUGCAACAAUGUAACUCAACAGUGAUGUUUGUAGGAGGAAAAUAUACAAGUUUCUCUCUCAUUGUUCCUCUUCAUCUCGUCCAUUCGACUGCAGCUUCCAUCAUGUACCACAGUGAAGAGCAGGAAGUUUCACUUGAUUCCCUUGAUCACAGGAAGGAUGAAGGCUGCGCUGAAUAACGUAUUUAAGUUUGUUCUGCAGCACCGGCGUCAUCUUGAUCAAAGAGGAAACCAAAAAUGUCUGGCAUCAUCAACGUGUUUCUGCUCCUGGCUGUUCUGAUCUGCAUCUCUAAAGCACAACUCAGUAAAUCAGCGCAGAACUGCCAGUGUCUGAGCGUCAGGGAUUCCAUUAUGAAAAAUUCUCGACAAAGGGACAUCCAGAUCUACCCGGCAACCAUGUUCUGUAACAAAGUGGAGAUUGUUGUCACAACCAACAAUGGCCGGCGUUACUGUCUGAACCCAGACAAGAAAGCGGUGCAAGACCUCGUGCUUGAUAUGAUAAAUAAAAAAACCCCUACAGUCAGACGAGCUCAGUCCACUUCCAGUCCUGGUUCCAACCCUAACAGCUCCAGCACGACUCACAACUGUAUCUUCUGGCAUGGACAUCAACAUGUGACCUCCAACCCAUAAAGUGAAUGUAGAUGUGAAAGGAAUGAAAGCUUUUGUCUAUUUAUCUUGCACUUGCAUGACAUCUGUAUUUGAUGUAUGUAUUUGUUUUGUGACGUUUAGUUUGUUCUAUAGCCUUGGUUUUCUGUAUAAUUCAGGGUUGUUGUUUUCUUUUUAAAUAAAUCAAAUUCAAUGGA